CACUGUGUGAACAUAAUUAAGUAACGGCACCUUUUCGAUCGGGACAUAAACAGCAAACACGAUUUAAGAAAAAAUAAUAAUACAGGACAGCCCUGAGUUUCUUUGGAUUGUUUAUCAUUAUUUUAAGUAGCUUCAGUAGGAUUCCUUCAAACCGGAACUUGUGAGAGUCCGGAUCACGUUUGGCAUCCGAACAAGAGGCAAUAACGGGCCGGUCUUUCGUCAGACACACGGCGGAGACUCAAAAGAGGAGAGAGGAGAAUCAUGGCGCUUAGGGGACAUCUGCUAAGACUUGCUCGAACCUGGUCGCUCGCAGGCGGUCAGCCAAGCCGAGCCCAGUCGGUGGCCGUGCUGGGGGCUCCCUUCUCACACGGACAGAAAAGAAGAGGCGUGGAACACGGGCCUAAAGUCAUCAGGGAUGCGGGGCUCAUCGAGCAGCUGUCUGGUUUGGAUUACGCCGUGCAUGACUUUGGCGAUCUCACUUUCCACUACCCGGAGGUGGAUGAGCCCUACAUGGACGUCAACUCCCCUCGCACAGUGGGCGCCGCCACAAAGAAGCUUUCGGGCGCAGUGAGCAGAGCGGUGGGCGCCGGUCAUACCCUGGUCAUGCUAGGAGGGGACCACAGCCUUGGCAUUGGAUCGGUGGCAGGCCACGCCCAACAGUGUCCUGACCUUUGUCUCAUCUGGAUUGACGCGCACGCCGAUGUGAACACGCCCGAGACUUCACCAUCGGGGAAUCUCCACGGUCAGCCGGUGGCCUUCCUGCUCAAAGAGCUGCAAGAUAAGGUGCUGGAUCUUCCGGGGUUUUCUUGGGUGAAGCCGGUUCUCUCCUGCAGGGACCUGGUGUAUAUUGGACUUCGGGAUGUGGACCCCGGCGAGUACCACAUCCUGAAGAACUUGGGGAUCCAGUACUUCACCAUGAGGGAUAUCGACAGACUCGGCAUCCAGAGGGUCACGGAAGUCGCUCUGGAUCACGUGCUGGCGAGAAAGCAAAGACCCGUUCACUUGAGCUUUGACAUCGACGCAUUCGACCCGUCUCUGGCUCCUGCUACGGGGACGCCGGUGAACGGAGGGUUGACCUACAGGGAGGGCAUCUACAUCGCAGAGGAAGUUCACAACACAGGUCUGCUGUCGGUCAUGGACCUGGUGGAGGUGAACCCCGGGGUGGGGGCGACACGGGCGGCCGUAGAGGCCACCGCCUCCCUGGCUGUCGACGUCAUCGCGUCAUCCCUGGGGCAGACGAGAGAAGGAGCUCACGGGGUCAUUGACGAGAUCCGCUCGACUAAAGAAGGCGACACGGAGCAGCUCUGCCUCUGAGUGCUCAGAGCAAAACAGCCACAGACUUCUUCCACGAACCCCAUAAGCAUUCCAAAGUGUAGCAUCCAAGACUACAAACAAAAACUGAAUCAAAUAGCUGAGGAAUUCUAUUUUUUUUUUUUUUAUCCACUUUUUAUUGUGCUGUAUUUCAUCGUGGAAAGUAUUUGUCAUCGUCUCAAAAGGUUUGCCAUGUAAAGCCUAGACAUUUUAGACGGCAAGGCGACUAAUUUAUUUUGCUAUUUUAUGUAUGAAGGCAUGGAUGCCUGCUAUUUAUUGAGUAGUUUACAAGUAAAGGGAGCUUGCCUCAAAAGUAUGAUUAGAAACAAACCAAAAGUGUAGACUUGUUAUAAUAAGGAAUUUGAGUACGCACUUUUGGACCAGCAGUGAUUGUUUUAUUUUUCAUCACAGAUGAAACCACUAAUGCUACGUAAAGACCGAAUGUGAACUAUGGCUUUGAGCGACGUAGUAAAUAUCGAUUGACAGCGACGUGAUGUGGAGGAAUGGGCAAAGGAGCAAACGUAGCAUACUACAUGCAUGCUGCAAAUUUUUUUUUUCUUCCACCACUCAAACUACUAAACUAACAGUGUUUAUGUUCUUGUAUUAAAGAGUUUAUUUUCUGGUCUUCCAUCUAA